AUGAAUGCAAUUGAGACAUUAUGUGUACUGCUCCAAGGAAUUUUUGACAAGAGAUUUAAUAACUUUAGUUUUGAGGUUAUCAAUUUGCUGACCGGAUUGAGCAACGCUGAUAUCGUCUUCCCGAAAUUGAUUGAUGGAAUAUAUUCUUUGAUGAAUGAAGGAGAAUCUGUCGAGAUCAAGUGUGAGGCUUUGCGCCUCGCGAUUGUGACCGUAUGCGGGAAUAGUAAUAUUAACCAAAACAGCAUAAAUGAGUAUUUCAUGAAAAACGAAAUAUUCGAACCGUUAUCCAAAAUAAUAAUGUUACCCGAGACCUCGCACGUUGCUUUCGAUGGCAUCAUGUUACUUGGAAUCUUGGCAAAUUAUAAUAAACACGAAUCCAAGAAUCCCUAUUUGCUAAAGAUCUCAGAAAUCAGAGACGAAGCGUUUUUACAGAAAAUCAUGGAAACCGUGGCUUCCAUCUGUUUGAGAUGUCGUAGUCAGUAUAUCGACAUUCAAGAUGAUGAUGAGACACAUAAAUAUUCGGUUAAUUCGGUCUUAUCUUAUGUUGGUACCUUUUUACCUUGGGGAGGAAACGGCGACAACACACGAAAAAAAAUCAACGAUCCCGAUCCGGAGUUAUCAUUUGGUCGAUUGCCACCAGCAGAUAUCGCGAUACUAUUAAUACUUUACGACCUUGUGAAUAAUAAUAGAAGAUUUGUUGCACACCUAGCAAAAUCUAUCACCGAGAAUGAUAAUAAAUCAAACGAUCAAACUUCAUCCGACAACGACGGCGUACCUGUCAUCGAUUUUCUUUCAUUUUCGUCCUACCUCUUGCAACACAACCGUUCGGUUCGUACUGCGGGUUAUUCAAAAAUUACUUUGUUAAUACUGACAAUAUUAUUGGAGGAUGAAAUGUUUAACGAGAACAUAUGUGACGAGCGAAAAAUUUACUGCGUCAGGCUUUGUAGGCAGCGAGCACCAAUACUUGCCAGCAUCAAAACGCCGUGCCCCUUGGCUUGCACCAUAUUAGAUAUUUCUAUAGGGUUCAUCAAUCACAAUAUGAAGAAAAGAUUGGCGACCGAUUUAUUUAGCUUAGCACUAAGGAUUAUAUACCGAAUAUUGUGUCAUUUAAAAAAAUCGCGCAUCAGACUGAAUUACCAUUGGACUGAGCUAUGGAAUUCGUUGACUGGGUUACUCAAAUUCAUCCUUUCUAAUAAUGAUUAUUUUAAUCAAGAUCGUUCUUCGAUUAACGAAGUAUUGAUCUCGGCGAUAAAUAUUCUCAAUAUUUGUAUUACAUUUGGUGAUUCAUUCCUUCCGGAUCCUGCAGCUUAUGACAAUUUGUUCUAUGAGAUUGUUAGAACGGACGAGGUCUUUAAAAAUCUUCACGAAAUACUUUAUGAUCAAGACUCGAAUGAAAAUUUGGAAAAUUCCAAGAAGUCAGCUUCUCAAAAGAGUUUUGCAUCCUCGGAUCCUGACAUUCUUACUAACAUCAUCACUGUCUGUGAGCAUUUUCAUUUGAAGAUUGAAGCAUGGAAGUUGUCCAACAAUGUGAAGUUUCUACUCCCUGAGCAGGUUUUAGCUAUCAUAAAUAAGAAUUAUGAAUCAUUAGAACUUUCCACUUUCGAAAAAGUUGAUCUCUAUGUUAGAUAUAGCGAAAAUCCAUAUUAUGUGUCAUUUUUGAGGCACGUUCUACGAGUAAUAGUGGAAGAUUUUAAGAGUAAAGCAUUUCAAUGA